AUGCCGUCUCAAGGCCAAAUGACGUUCUACAACCCUGGUUUGGGCGCUUGCGGUCAUACUCACGGUGACAACGACGCUGUCAUGGCUGUUUCUCACGGACGCUGGGACGAGGUCAAAACUCCCAACCCCAACGACAACCCACUUUGUGGUAAACAGAUUCGAGCUCACCGUGUGGACGAGCGCACUGGCAAGGACGCCAGCGUCCUUGUCACCAUUGUCGACAAGUGCAUGGGAUGUGCUUACGACGACAUCGAUGUCAGCCCUUCCGCGUUCGACAAGUUGGCUGAUAAAGCCAAGGGAAGGGUCAACGUAGAGUGGUCCUGGGCCUGA